AUGAUAAAUUUUGUUAAAGUUCAAGCUGAUCGGUUGAAACAACAUGUCAAAAUCCUUCUUGGAGAAAUAAGAGACUAUAAUUCCAAAAACUCUGAAGCUUUGCCUUUAUCUCUUCUUGAGGCAAUUCUUAAAAGGAAUAUCUUGGAAAUUAAACAUCUCUUGAACAAGCUCUCAAUUCAAGGAUGUUUCAGGAAGUUCUCUAGACCUUCGUCAUCAACUACUGCUGUGACUAAGGAAGAUCCAGAAGAAAAAUCAGUUCGUACAACAACUUCUUCCAGUGUUGCUGAUUCCGCUGCCAAGAUAUCUUUGUUAGAGAACAAUCUGAGGAAAACUCGGAGGUCCCUAGAGGCUUGCUUGUUGGCUCUUGAGAGAGCAAAUAAUGCUGCAAAAGAAGCCGAGGAUGGUCGCAAGGCUGCUGAUUCCGCUCUGGCUGCUGAAUCCUCCAAAGCCAUAGAUCAUGUGAAGCAGAUGGCUUCGCUUCGUAAAGAAUAUGACGAAGCCCUUAAGUGGAAAGUGGGUCUCAUUUUAAGGCAAACGGAGGAUAUUUUUUUAAUUGUGAGACGCUUCUCAGCUCAAGAAAUUAUCCGUAAAAAGUAUCAUGCGGAUUUCGAAGAUGCCUGCGCUUCCUUAGCUAAGGUUACUAUUGAACGCAAUGUGUUGUCUUCUGAGGUCUGUUCUCUUAAGAACAAACUUAUUAAGGAUGGUUCUGUGCCUUCCUUCAUGUCCCAUGCAUCAUUAGUUAAGAGAUUGGAAGAGAUAGAGAAUGUUUACCAGGUUUUAUCCUAUGAGAAUGCUUCGCUCCGGAUUGAUGUCGAGGAUCUUCGGACCGAACGUGACACCCUUGUGGAGGAUCUUGAUUCCGAUGAGGAGCAGCUUGUGGGUGCAAAUGCUAAAAUUAUCCGUCUCGAGGGACAAGUAUCUACGUUGGAGACAACUUGUCAAUUUGAUGAUGCAGCAAAGUUUAAGGUCGUGUCACUUCAGGAGGCUAAUGACCAGCUCAGUUCUCAGAUGACGGAGCUUCGUCAGAGAUCAGCUUCGGAUCUGGAGCCUCAGUCCUCCCAGAUGAAGGUGCAGUUCGAGCGUUCGGCCAUUGACUACAUCAACAAUGCCUUUGCUGAAGCUGAAAUCCAAGCUGACAGGGUCGUCUUUCCUCGUCUUUCUUAUCUUUGA